AUCAGACCGAGUUCAGACCAAACUAGCAGCUUCCUCUGAGUGAGUCCAGCUACAGGAGAGAAAAGUGGAAAACUCCAACACUGCUGCUUCAAGCUGCUGACGCUCCACACACUGAAUCUUCACUCACAGACUCAAUGGCUUCCAGAUCAGAGGAGGAUCUCUGCUGUCCGGUCUGUCAGGAGGUCUUCAGAGAUCCUGUUCUUCUGUCAUGUAGCCACAGCUUCUGUAAAGACUGUCUGAAGAGAUGGUGGAGAGAGAGACCAACACACGAGUGUCCAGUUUGUAAGAGAAGAUCUUCAAAGGGUGAUCCACCUUUUAACCGAGCUUUAAAGAACCUGUGUGAGUCGUUCUUACAGGAGAGAGAUCAGAGAGCUUCAGAGGCUCUCUGCAGUCUGCACUCUGAGAAACUCAAACUCUUCUGUCUGGACCAUCAGCAGCCAGUGUGUGUCAUCUGCAGCACCUCAGAAAAUCACACCAAUCACAGAUUCAGACCCAUCGAUGAAGCUGCACGACAACACAAGAAGGAACUUCAGGAAACUCUGGAGCCCUUAAAGGAGAAGUUCAAGGUUUGUGAAGAAGCUCAAGUGAAGUUUGAUCAAACAGCAGAACACAUUAAGGUCCAGGCCCGACACACAGAGAGGCAGAUUAAGGAGCAGUUUAAGAAGCUUCACCAGUUUCUAGCAGAGGAAGAGGAGGCCAGGCUGGCUGCACUGAGGGAGGAAGAGGAGCAGAAGAGUGGGAUGAUGAAGGAGAAGAUGGAGGCUCUGAGCAGAGAGAUAGCAGCUCUUUCAGACACAGUCAGAGCCACAGAGGAGGAGCUGAGAGCUGAAGACGUCUCAUUCCUCCACAACUACAAGGCUGCAGUGGAAAGAGUCCAGCGGUGCCCCCUGCUGGAUGAUCCACAGCUGCCCUCAGGAGCUCUGAUAGACCAGGCCAAACACCUGGGCAACCUGACCUUCAACAUCUGGAACAACAUGAAAGACAUGGUCUCCUACACUCCUCUCAUUCUGGACCCAAACACUGCUCAUCCAAAACUCAUCCUGUCUGAAGAUCUGACCAGUGUGAGAUAUGGAGGAGAGAGGCAGCAGCGUCCUGAUAAUCCAGAGAGGUUUGAUUAUUACAUUUCUGUCCUGGGCUCUGAGGGCUUUAACUCAGGGACUCACAGCUGGGAUGUCGAUGUUGGAGACAGUACAAGCUGGAUGCUUGGUGUGGUAGAAGAGUCUUACCAGAGGAAGGGAAACACAGAGUUUGGAUUUUGGGGUGUAAUGUUCAGUUUAGGUAAAUACUCAACACGCUCACCAUCAGCAGGAUUCACUGAUCUCUCAGUAGAGAAGAAGCUCCAGAGGAUCAGAGUGAAUCUGGACUGGAACAGAGGAAAGCUGUCGUUCUCUGAUCCUGAUACUAACACACACAUACACACCUUCAUACACACUUUCUUUCACAGGAUGUUUCCAUUUAUUCAAACUGGGGAUGAUAUCAAGGUGUUGCCGGUGACGAUAACGGUGUCAGUUUUAGUAGAGCACGUCAGUUCAGGAUGGUUUUUUUUCUAAUGUUGUUUCCUGUCAGUGCUGCAUGCAGCCAAAACCCCAAAUACUUGGAUAUUUUUCUUGUUUAGCUUUUUGUCCUUUUUUUAACAUUGUGCUCUAAAGCUUCUGUGACUAUAGGUUAUUCAGUUCAAAAUUUUAAGUUUAUUUGUAAUGCAUGACAGCAGUAAGCUAUAGCCCAAAUGGUGGUAUAAAAUCUGUUUUGCAUUGUUUAUUAUUUUAUAUGGGAUAUGGGUAUUCAUUAUUUUUCUGUUCUUUUUGAGUUGCCUGGCUUCCGCUCCAGUCUUUCCUGGUUUGAGUGAAGGAGGAGGCUAAGAGUGGAGCUGGUUUAAAAGCAGAAGCCAAUAAAAUGGACUGAACCAUCUAUUGUGAUCAUGCGGGGGGAAUGGGGUUCUUCUUAAAUGAGGGUUAGCUGUUAUCUUGGUGGUUUUCACCUUUUGUGUACACAAUGGUUUAUUCAUUUGCUGUAUAACUGGAGUUGUUUCUCAUUUGGGAAGGUCAGUUUGUUGAGUUAUGUUUUGUUUACUGGCUUUUGAGGAGAAUUUUGUUAAAUUAACCUCUUUUAAGGGCACGUUUGGUUGUUAAAAUAGUUUGUUUUUGUCCUUUUGAUUUUUUGUAAUAUUUUUUUUAAGGAUGACAUCUGUGUGUUCUUGGCUGCUUGGUCCCUAAUAGUGCUGUCCACCUUUUCACAUGGAAAAUCAUUUCACUGUUUCUCACUGAAUGACUCCCCAAACUAGAUUUGAAAUUCUAUCAAGUUUCUAAUCAUUACAAGUGAUUCAUGUUUCUAUUUGAUGUGUGUAAAUGGAGAUGAUUUAGUUUGCUGGGAUAUGGACUGACAUGUGUUGAAUGGGAGGAGCAGUUUGUUGUUGUCUUCUUGUCUGUUUAUGACAACAAUAAAUAUAUUGUUGAAACAAUGAUUCAUGUUUAACUCCAUAUAUGAAAUGUUUCUGAUCUUUGAAUUCUGUUUGAUUAAAGAC